AUGGGCCGCUGUCUGGAGGUCGCCAAGGCGCGUCUGGAGUUGACACUGGCCGGGCCGCCAGCCGAUUGCGGGGCGCUGCAAGACCACCUAGCAGCCCCACCAGAAGGCUUGGUGUCGGCUGGGUCUUCACGGACUCAGCAAGCGGCACCCACCGCUGGUGGAGCACGUCGCAUGCGUUGGUCACUAAUAACGAACGCAAACGCACUGCGGGCGUACUUUAGGGCAAAAGGGGAAGAAAUUGAAAGUUUGGCGUAUCGGGCUCGGAUGCUUUUUUGCAGAACUGGAGCCAUCUCUAAUCGUCACUGA